AUGGGCCGAGCUCGGCGUGACCACGGCUCUGCAACGAGCAAGUCUGAUGCGGCCGAUGGAGCAAAACCGCCAACUGGAUCUUCUACAACUCAUGUGAGGCAGAGUGUUCUGUAUUCGGCCCGAAGGGGACCUCGAGGCAGAAAAGGACGACCGGUGGAGGAGCAUACAGGUGAGGUGAGCAACAGUGAGCUUGGGCAUACAAGUGCAGACCUGUCACAGUUUGAUGCCCUGACGCUGAAUACCACACCUCCUACACUUCAAUUAUCUGAUAGGGUCGAGGAGCAUUCUACCGAGGUGAGAAGCACUGGGCCUAACGGUACAGGUGCAGACCUGUCAAAAGAUGAGGGCAUUUCGCUGAAUGUCACAUCUCCUGCAUAUGAGUCAACUGAUGGGGCUGUGGUGCAUGGCAGCAACAUGGACAUCGGUGUGCCUGAUUCUAUAAUUGAGAAGCAACCAGCUGUUCAGGAAGCAUUAUCCCCGAGGUCAGAAGAAAGGCGGCGGAGAAUAAAUCAAUACCUCGCUGAACAUACAUAUAAUGACGUCUUAGAGGCCAUGGUUGCUGUGAAAAAUGGCUUCUGCAACCCACCCAAAAAGGUUUCCAACCCCAACAAGUCAUCGGAAAAGCUUUCCUUGCCUGAUUCACCACAGUCUCCGCAUCGACUGGAUACUCAAUCCUCGCAGACAAAAAUACAGUGUGGAGAAUCUACAAAACAAAUCAUUAAAAACGGGAAACUAUGGAUGGAGAAGGAAGUCAUGAAGGCUUUUAAGAAGUGCAUCAUAGAAGGGGAGGGAUUGAGAGGUGUGAAGUUUGAACUAGACGAGCUUCUGCACCAGUGUUUCAGUGUGGAGACACAUGAGAAGAUGUUCCACCACUACAACUUCACGGUGAGGAUGAAGGAAGCUGGCUCAGACAAGUGGUCAUCAACUCUCUAUUUUGCGCAAGUGAAGGAAAUGUAUGGUCGAAAGUUUUAUUUCUGCUAUCCACUGGAUCCAAAUGAAGAUGGUAUCUGUUAUGCGUGCAAGAAUCAGGGGAUGGAUGCAUUGCGGCACCCUGCCGUUCAGUGGCGGAGCUACAUAGGAAUAGUUGGGCGGGCCAGGCAAACAAGAGCAUAUUUUCUUUCAAAAUUACAAUGA